GUUGAUUCCAAUUGACGAGCAAGCCGAGAGUUUCUUGUUAAAAAAUUACAUUCCAAACGAAAAAUUAACAAUUUUAACCUUCAUUUUUUACUCAAAACUGUCCCGUACUUUGAAAUAAUUUAAAAAAUGCCUGGUCCUCGCAAUCCCGACGCUUCCCAAGAACGCAAGGAAUCCAUGAAGAAGCGAACUCUCUCCUCGAGAGCUGGUCUUCAAUUUCCCGUUGGUCGCGUACAUCGCAAACUCAAGCAAGGCAACUACGGAGAACGGAUUUCGGUCGGAGCUGCUGUCUAUCUCGCUGGCAUUAUGGAGUAUUUGAGCGCUGAGGUCCUCGAAUUGGCAGGAAAUGCCGCGCGUGACAACAAAAAAGCCAGAAUUGUUCCUCGUCACAUCACACUUGCCGUUAAAAAUGACGACGAAUUGAAUACUUUCCUCGGCGGCGUCACAAUUUCCGAAGGCGGCGUCAUUCCAAACAUCGAGAAAGUUCUUUUACCUGUAAAAACCACGAAAAAUCAGAGUGACAAGGAAAAUAUGUCGCGCAACAACAUCCAAAGCCAAGAUUAUUAAAAAUAUUUGACGGAACAUUGACGAAAAAAAAUAGAUUUUAAGAUUUUUUUUUAUAUUGCUUGUAUUUUGAUAAAAAAUUUUACUAAAAAAAUAACAUUUUAUGUAAACUUA